UUUUUAAUUUAUUUAUAAUUAUCUAUAUUUUAUUUAUACUGAUUUAAUGAUUUUCUAUUUGUGGAUGACAGGCGAGAAAGACCAUUUGGUCCUCUUUCCUUCCCGCCCCCCAAAUUAAGAAGGUAGCUCCUUUUCCAUCGCUCCAAUCCUGCGUCUCUCUGUCUCUUUUCCGUUCCUUUCUCCUUCCUUCUCCCGUUCUCCGAUUUCCUCCUCCUCCAUCUCCUCCGACACCGCCACCCCCAUCUGCAUUGCCAUUUUCCAAACCGCCUCUCAGGGCAGCCCGCAAUUGCCCCAGCUCGACGAGAUAUCUAAAAGAAUGCUGGCCUCAUGGUCCCGCCGGAGGCCGCGACGGGGCUCCGCCUAUGCCUCUCCAAUACCCGUCGUUUCUUCGGUCCUAAUCCUCCUCUUCCUCUUCCCUCUCGGCCACUGCCAGGAUUAUGACGAUUACGACGGCGGCGGCGGCGGCGGAGGCGGAGGCGGGGGCGGAGGCAUUGGCCAGGGAGCGUCCCAGAUGUUUACUCAGGUGGUGUACCAAAAGGUCAUGAACCUAACCAGCGCCUUCGCUAAGGACAUUGGACGGCAGCUGGAUUUCUGCAUUGAUAACACGGACAAGGAGUGGAAUGAGGCAUUCAACUUCUCCAAGGACACCACUUUUAUCUCAAAUUGCCUCAAAGAAACUAAAGGAGAUCUCACUCGUCGCCUAUGCACAGCUGCAGAAAUUAACUUUUACUUCAGCAGUUUCUAUGACAAUGGUGGAAAAAAGAACUAUCUGAGACCUAAUAAGAAUUGUAAUUUGACAUCAUGGGUUUCUGGAUGCGAGCCAGGAUGGUCUUGCAGUGCUUCUGAUGGCCAAAAAGUUAAUCUUAGAGACUCCAAGGUCGUGCCGAUCAGAACUACAAAUUGUCAUCCUUGUUGUGAGGGUUUCUUCUGUCCCCAUGGUAUCACAUGCAUGAUCCCCUGCCCAUUAGGUUCAUACUGCCCACUUGGAAAGUUCAACCAAACUACUGGUGUUUGUGAUCCGUACAACUACCAGCUACCUGCUGGAGAACCAAACCAUACAUGUGGGAGUGCUGAUAUGUGGGCUGACGUGGUAUCUAGUGGUGAAAUAUUUUGCCCUGCAGGGUUCUACUGUCCAAGCACUAUACAGAAAAUUUCUUGUAGUAGUGGAUAUUACUGUAGGAAGGGCUCUACUUCUCAAACGAGGUGCUUCCAAAAACGCUCUUGUCCACCAAAUUCUGUAAAUCAAGAUAUUACCAUAUUUGGAGCCUUGCUGAUGGUUGCAUUGUGUUUGUUGCUAUUGAUAAUAUAUAACUUCUCUGGUCAAGUUCUCACCAGUCGUGAAAGAAGACAAGCAAAAUCUAGAGAAGCUGCUGCAAGACAUGCAAGAGAAACUGCUCAAGCUCGUGAAAGGUGGAAAAGUGCUAAAGAUGUUGCUAAGAAGCAUGCAGUUGGCCUGCAGACACAGUUAUCUCGCACAUUUUCUAAAAAAAAGUCUGUUCGUACUGAGCCUUCAAAGGGGGCAGGCAAACCUUCCAAGAAAAAGGAUCAAAACAAUCUUACUAACAUGAUUGAAUCACUAGAGGAAAAUCCUGAUAGUUAUGAAGGCUUCAAUGUUGAAAUAGGAGAUCAAAAUUUGAAGAAGAAUAUGCCUAGAGGAAAACAAAUGCAUACUCGCAGCCAAAUAUUCAAGUAUGCAUAUGGUCAGAUAGAGAAGGAAAAGGCUAUGCAGCAAGAGAACGCGAACCUGACCUUUUCUGGAGUAAUCUCCAUGGCCACUGAUUCUGAUAGUAGAAGUAGGCUCGCAAUCGAAGUUGCUUUCAAGGAUCUCACGCUGACUCUUAAAGGGAGUAAGAAAAAACUCCUAAGGUCUGUUACAGGAAAACUUAUGCCUGGUCGUGUGGCAGCAGUGAUGGGCCCAUCUGGGGCUGGUAAAACCACAUUUCUGAGUGCUCUGGCUGGAAAGGCAACUGGAUGUGCUAUGUCAGGCCACAUACUUAUAAAUGGGAAAGCAGAACCGAUACGGUCUUAUAAAAAAAUUAUUGGUUUUGUCCCACAGGAUGAUAUUGUUCAUGGAAAUUUAACAGUAGAAGAGAAUCUUUGGUUCAGUGCUAGAUGCAGACUUUCGGCAGACAUUUCCAAAGCUGAUAAAGUUUUAGUCGUAGAAAGAGUUAUUGAGGCCCUAGGCCUACAGGCAAUAAGAGAGUCGCUUGUUGGAACUGUAGAGAAACGUGGUAUCUCUGGUGGACAAAGAAAACGAGUGAAUGUUGGUCUUGAAAUGGUCAUGGAACCUUCUCUUUUGAUAUUGGAUGAACCAACAUCUGGUUUGGAUAGUUCUUCUUCAAAUUUGUUGCUGCGAGCUCUUCGACGUGAGGCCCUUGAAGGGGUAAACAUCUGCAUGGUUGUUCACCAACCCAGCUACACCUUGUUCAAUAUGUUUGAUGAUUUGAUACUUCUAGCAAAAGGAGGCAUGAUUGCUUAUCUUGGAUCAGUUAAAAAAGUUGAAGAAUACUUUGCAGGCCUGGGAAUCAAUGUCCCUGAGCGUGUAAAUCCUCCAGAUUAUUUCAUUGAUAUUUUAGAGGGUAUAGUUAAGCCAAGUGCGAGCUCAGGUGUAAAUUACAAAGAAUUACCUCUACGUUGGAUGCUGCAUAAUGGGUAUGAUGUACCCCCAGAUAUGCUACAGAAUGCUAGUGACGCUGAUUCAUCUAACAGGGGAACUGGAGGAAAUCAUUCAGAAACUGGACCUGAGACUGAGAAAAAAUCAAUCGCAGGAGAAGUAUGGGAUAAUGUCAAGGAUAUUAUGGGACAAAAGAAAGAUGAGUAUGAUUACAAUUUCUCCAAAUCAGCAGAUUUAUCUAAUCGAAGGACACCUGGUGUUCUUACCCAAUAUAAAUAUUUUUUGGGAAGGGUUGGCAAGCAACGGCUUCGGGAAGCUAGAAUUCAAGGUGUUGAUUUUCUUAUAUUAUGUCUGGCUGGUGUAUGCUUAGGAACACUUGCUAAAGUGAGCGAUGAAACAUUCGGUGCACUGGGUUACACAUAUACCGUCAUUGCUGUUUCUCUCUUGUGCAAGAUUGGAGCAUUGAGAUCAUUUUCACUCGAAAGAUUGCAGUAUUUGAGAGAACGAGCAUCUGGCAUGAGCUCACUUGCCUAUUUUCUUUCAAGAGAUACAAUUGAUCAUUUCAACACGAUCAUCAAGCCAAUUGUUUAUCUUUCUAUGUUCUACUUCUUCAACAAUCCUAGAUCAUCCAUUUUAGACAACUACAUCAUCUUAGUCGGACUGGUCUAUUGUGUGACCGGAAUCGGAUACGCUUUUGCAAUUUUCUUCCAGCCAGGUUCUGCACAACUGUGGUCUGUGCUACUACCUGUUGUUUUGACUCUACUUGCAACUCAGCAGAAAACCUCGAAAACCUUGGCAAACUUAUGCUACACGAAGUGGGCCUUGGAAGCUUUUGUCCUUGCAAAUGCAAACAAGUACUCUGGAGUAUGGUUGAUAACCCGGUGCGGCUCGCUUAUGAAGAAUGGAUACGACAUUGGCGAUUGGUGGCUGAGUAUAGUUAUCCUAGCAUUGUAUGGCCUCCUUUUUCGCUGCAUUGCCUUCUUUUGUAUGGUCACUUUCCAGAAGAGCUAAGGGAUACAGUUUUCAUGCCUCUUGUCUUAGCUUCAUUCCUAUCUUCCUCAUUCAAUUUUGAUGUUUAACUUGUCGAGGAAAUGCGCAAUAAUGUAAAGCACAUCGCGAUCAGAUUGGUCCUUAUAGAAACCAGCCAGCAGCAAAAGCUAGUAGAUAAAUUGAUUGUGUUUCGAGGUGUACAUGCUUUGUCUCUGUUUCGUUGAACAUUGGUUGAGUGCCACAAGCAUUAGCUAGUUGGUCUUUUGUCUAUUCACUCGCAGAUUGCAAUUUGUCUUAUUUU